AUGCCGACACGAGAUUCUAUAGCUGUUGAAUCAACAUCUGUUAAUACAAAAGGAUUCGAUGUUUCUUUAAAAGAAUUGUGUCAAUUAAUGGAUAUGAGAGGGCCUAAUGCCUUAGAAAAAAUAAAUGCUGAUUAUGGGGGUUUGGAAGGGCUUUGUGCCAAAAUCCAGACAGACCCUUUUAGUGGAUUGCCAAAUAGUUCAGCAGAAUUGGAAAGGCGAAGGAAUGUUUUUGGAAGAAACGAAAUCCCUCCUUUACCUCCAAAAUCGUUUAUUCGUUUAGCUUGGGAAGCAUUACAAGAUGUUACUUUAAUUAUUUUGUUAAUAGCUGCAAUUAUUUCUUUUUGUAUUUCUUUUUAUACUGGAAAUACUUCAAAAAAUAAUUUAAAUAAUAUUAAAACAACAACAAUAAUUCCCGAUUUAAAUAAUACAAGUAAAGAAGUUAUUAAUGAUGAACAUGCAGGCAGAAUUGAAGGAGUGGCUAUUUUAAUUGCUGUGAUUGUUGUUGUUCUUGUAACAGCCUUAAAUGAUUGGUCCAAAGAAAAACAAUUUCGCGGUCUUCAAUCAAAAAUUGAAACAGAACAUAAAUUUUCUGUAAUUAGAGAUAGUAAACCUGUUGAUAUUGUUAUUAAUGAAAUAGUUGUUGGUGAUAUUUGUAGAGUAAAAUAUGGGGAUUUACUUCCAGCAGAUGGAAUUCUCCUUCAAAGUAACGAUUUAAAGGUUGAUGAAUCUUCGUUAACUGGAGAGUCUGACCAUAUAAGAAAAAGUCCGGAAGUAGAUCCUGUUUUACUUUCUGGAACUCAUGCAAUGGAGGGAAGUGGGAGAAUGGUUGUUUGUGCUGUUGGGGUUAAUUCACAAACUGGAAUUAUAAUGACUUUGUUGGGGGUUACAAAAGAAGGGAAUAAUAAUAAUGGAAAUAAUGGAAAUACUCCUCAAAAUAAUCAACAUUCUAUUAAUAACAACAGAAAAUCAACAAAAAUUAAUAAUAAUAAUAUUAGCCAUAAAUCAUUAAAUGGAAUUAAAAAAGAAACAGCAAAUGGCCAAAUUGCAGCUUUUGCCCCUCCUUCAACAGCAACAGAUGAAAGUUUAGGGCAAAAUAAUGGUGGAAGUACAGUGCCUUUAGCCCCAAAUAAUAAUGUUGAUGAAGGAACAACAACAGCAAGUACAAAAACAAAAUCGGUGCUACAGGGAAAGUUAUCAUCAUUAGCAAUACAAAUUGGUUAUAUCGGUUCAAUUGUAGCAGCAGCAACAGUUUUAGUUAUGAUCGUUAAAUAUUCAUUAUCUAAAUUUAUUUGGGGGCCGCCAGAGGAGAGACAAUUAAAUCCAAAUGAUUUCUCUAAUCUUGUAGAAUUUAUAAUUGUUGGAGUAACUGUUUUGGUGAUUGCUGUGCCUGAAGGCCUUCCUUUAGCAAUAACUCUUUCAUUGACUUAUUCUGUUAAGAAAAUGAUGAAAGAUAAUAAUUUGGUUAGGCAUUUGGAUGCUUGUGAAACUAUGGGGAAUGCAACAAGUAUUUGUUCUGAUAAAACUGGAACUUUAACUACAAAUAGAAUGGCUGUUGUUCAAUCAUUUAUUAAUGAUCGUUUUUAUCGAGAAAUUUCUCCGAGUUGGUCUGAAUUGGACAAAAAAACUAGAGAAAUUUUGGUUGAAGGAAUUUCAGUAAAUAGUGGAUAUAAUACACAAGUGUUACUUCCAACAUUGCCGGGCAUUCAAAAAACACAAAUUGGAAAUAAAACAGAAUGUGCACUUCUUGGAUUUACUUUGGAUUUGGGGCAAAAUUAUGAACAAAUUAGGCAUUAUUUUCCAGAAGAGUCUUUAAUUAAAGUAAGUUUUUGA